GGUGCCUUGAUGACUUGAGGAGCAGAAGGAGUGUAACCGGCUGCAGGGACGGAGCAGGAAGAGACAGGAACAGAAAGCAGGAUCAAACACGACACAGAGAAGAAGAAGAAGAAGAAGAAGACGAAAACAGAGAGGAGGAUCCGAACCCAGCCAGGUGUGUUCAGGCCACGCCCCUUCAGGUAAACACUCAGGAGUGUUUACCUGAACAGAAGGAUGGAUGGAAGCCGCUCGGCAGGAAAUCCCAGCGCUGCCUCGUCUCGCACACUUCCUGCCCACGCUGAUGAGGACACGCUUGAACCUGCUGAUUGGAUCUCAGCUUCAGAGGAGAACGACCGGCAGAGAGAAGAGUCAGUCAGUCUGCCCGAGUCCCAGGAUCAGCAAAGUCCUGCAGAGACCAACAAGAGCCUUAAAGAGACCAAACAGAGUCAAGAAGAGACACAACAGAGUCAAGAAGAGACACAACAGUGUCCUGCAGAGACCCACCAGAGUCCUGCAGAGACCCACCAGAGUCCUGCAGAGACCCACCAGAGUCCUGCAGAGACCCACCAGAGUUCAGAAGAGACCCACCAGAGUCCUGCAGAGACCCACCAGAGUUCAGAGGAGACCCACCAGAGUUCAGAGGAGACCCACAAGAGUCCUGCAGAGACCCACAAGAGUCCUGCAGAGACCCACCAGAGUUCAGAAGAGACCCACCAGAGUCCUGCAGAGACCCACCAGAGUUCAGAAGAGACCCACCAGAGUCCUGCAGAGACCCACCAGAGUUCAGAGGAGACCCACCAGAGUCCUGCAGAGACCCACCACAGUCCUGCAGAGACCCACCAGAGUUCAGAGGAGACCCACCACAGUCCUGCAGAGACCCACCAAAGUUCAGAGGAGACCCACCAGAGUCCUGCGGAGACCACCCAGAAAUCUGCAGAGAAACAUCAGAGUCCUACAGCGAAAAACAAGAGCUCUGCAGAAACCAACCAGAGUCCUUCAAAGAAACACCAGAGUCCACAUAAUCCUGCGGAUAAACACCUCAGUUCUCCAACCAAACCAGAUAAACCAAAACCAAGUCUUCGUCCUAAAAAGCAACAAAAACUGAGAGAUUCUCCUCCAACAGAAAAACAGAAAACAAAAGAUUCUCCUUCUUUAAAAGAUCAGCCAGAACCAGAUCAGACUUCUACCAAACAAGAGCCCCUAAAACCAAGUUCUGUUUGUACAGACCAAAAGAAACCAGGAGAUUUCUUCUGCCCAAAACAUGAACAAAAACCAGAUGACGCUCAGAAACACCAAAACCAGGAGGAUCUGUGUCCUAAACAGCAGAGACCUGGGGAGGACCCUCCUCCUCCUCACCUGAACACCCAGCAGGCUCCUCCUCCUCACCUGAACACCCAGCAGACUCCUCCUCCUCCUCCUCUCCUGAACACCCAGCAGGCUCCUCCUCCUCCUCUCCUGAACACCCAGCAGGCUCCUCCUCCUCUCCUGAACACCCAGCAGGCUCCUCCUCCUCACCUGAACACCCAGCAGGCUCCUCCUCCCUUAAAGGAUUUAACAUUUUUUACUUCAGCCUUCAAUAAACAAAACCAGAAGGAGGUCAAACUCCACAUCUCUGAGCCCAAAGAUAAGCAGAACCCCGACACUCCCCGUUCUCCUCUCCUGCACACCCAGCAGGCUCCUCCUCCUUCUCCUCAGGUUCUCACGUCGAUGAACGAAGACUCCACCCUGGCUCCGCCUCUCAUGACAGAGGUGCUCUGUCAGCAGGAGCAGGGGGGGCCCUGCCCUCUGGUCUCUUUCCCAGGUGAACCCAAACUGUGUGGCUUCCUGCAGAAGCAGGGGGGGCCCCUGAGGGCCUGGAAGCAGCGCUGGUUCACCUACGAGGAUAAAAGGAACCAGCUGUUCUACUACCGCACACCACAGGACGUGACGCCGCUCGGCCGGAUAGAGCUCUGCAGCGCCACCUUCACCUACCCGCUGAAGGCUGAGAAGGGGACCUUCCAUAUCAAGACACCUGAACGCACCUUCAUACUCAAGGCUGUGACCCAGGAGCUGAUGCUUUACUGGCUGCAGCAGCUGCAGCUGAAACGCUGGCAGCACAGACAGAUGUCCACCUGUCCAGACCUGACAAACAACAACAACACUCCAGAGGACUUCCUGCCGGCGUUAAAGAGCCCUCUGGGUCUGGUGGGGGAGGGCGCGGCUAACGUACCGUCACAACGGACGCCGCUCACCAACGUGUCGCUCAAACAUCCGCUCAUCGAGAUCCAAAACUCGGUCCACAGUCUGCGUAAGAGGUCGUCUCAGGAGUGGAGUCAGAGUGUGUUUCAUGUAGACGCUCCCCCGUGGACUCCACCCAACGCCACCGACACCCACAACACUACAGCUCCUUCAGCUCCCACGACUCCCAUUGAGCCCCCGACCCCGCCCCCCCCCCUGUCAUUGACUGAGCCGACAGGUCAGGUGUCCCCAGCUGAGGGCAGGGAGUCUCCUUCGCUGUUCGACAGACGGAACAGGAAGGCGAAAAAUCGCAGGUCGUCCACCAUGACGUUGUCCCGCACAGAGACGCUGCAGCAGGAGAAACAGAUGCUGAUGGAGGAGGUCAAAGCUCAGAAGGAGCUGGUGUGGAUCCUCCACAAAGCCUUGGAGGCGUCUCAGCUAGAGAAACGAACCUGUGCAGAGUUUCUGGCGGAGAAAGGAGAGCAGGAGCGUCUGGAACUGCUGCGACACCGCGAGCGGCAGGCGGCCGACCUGCGAGGGCGGCUGGAGGAGGCGAAGACGGAGGCGGAGGCCACGAGGAGGAGUCUGGCUCAGAGAGACGCACAGCUGGCCGAACUGCAGGAGAACAUCGGGAUGCUGAAGGAGAAGAACAACGCCAAGCAGGAGGUGAUCAUUAAGCUGUCGGAUCAGGUGACUUCCUGUAUGUCGUCAGGUGGUGGCUCAGACUCUCAGACCUUCAGACAGCUUCAGCAGGACGUCGAGAACCUGAAGGACGACAUCGAGGCGUAUAAGACUCAGAACAAGUUCCUGAACUCAGAGAUCUACCAGCUGACCAAACUGUGGAGGACCAGUUCAGAGCAGGAGAAGAGUCUGAUGGUGAAGUGUGCUUACCUGGAGGCCAGUAACUGUCAAGUGGAGAGCCGGUACCUGAACGUCCUGCGGCAGCUGCAUGAGACCAAAUCUCUGGAUCCAGUCCAGCGAGGGGCCGUCCAGAAGAUGAUCGAGGACGCUCUGAAAGGAGAGCUGAAGAGUGUCCUCAAGCUCAACGUGGCCAGAGACCACGAUGAGUACGGCUUUAAGAUCAUCCCGGACUACGAGGUGGAGGACAUGAAGCUGCUGGCAAAGAUCCAGGCUCUGGAGAUCCGCUCACACAACCUGCUGCAUCAGGAGGCAGGAGAGCGCCCCCUGUUGAGUCGCUGGGCUCAGUACCUCGCCGGCAGGUCAGAUGGUGACCUCUGUCCCUCACCUGAGCUCAAAUGUCUGCUCCGAGCCGGCGUCCCGAAGGAGUACCGACAGCAGGUGUGGCGCUGGGUGGUCAGAACCAGAACCAGGACCCUCAGAGAGCGACACCCACAGCGCUACCAGCAGCUGUGUGAGAAGAGUCGGACGUCUCCUCAUUCGGCCUCCAGACAGAUCCAGCUGGACCUUCACCGCACCCUCACAACCAAUCAGCACUUCUCCUCACCCUCUAGCCCCGCCCUCCAGCAGCUCCGCCGCGUCCUAUUGGCCUUCUCCUGGCAGAACCCUGCUAUUGGCUACUGCCAGGGGCUCAAUAGGGUGGCAGCCAUCGCUCUGCUGGUUCUUCAGAGUGAAGAAGAAGCCUUCUGGUGUCUGGUGGCCGUGGUGGAAGCCAUCAUGCCUCAGGACUACUACACCAAGAACCUGGUGGCCUCUCAGGCGGACCAGCGAGUGCUGAAGGACUUCCUGUCGGAGAAACUUCCCAGACUGGCGGCUCAUUUUGAGUAUUACAGUAUCGACGUGUCUCUGAUCACCUUUAACUGGUUCAUGGUGAUUUUUGUGGAGAGUCUGCCGAGUGACAUCCUGCUGCCACUGUGGGACGCCUUCCUGUAUGAGGGCACCAAGGUGAUUUUCAGGUACGCUCUGGCUCUAUUUAAAUACAAAGAGGACGACAUCCUGAAGAUCCACGACAGCGUGGAGAUGUACCAGUACCUGCGUUUCUUCACCAAGACCAUCUCUGACAGCAGGAAGCUGAUCAGCGUCGCCUUCAAUGACAUGAACCCGUUCCCCGGCCGCCUGCUGAGGAACCGGCGAGCGUUUCACCUGGAGCGCCUGCAGGCGGAGCUACGAGAGCUGGAGGAGCAGCAGAAGGAGUUUGUCACGGAGAGCGCUGAACGUAAAGACAAAGAGCUCGACACCAUGGUCAGCGAGGAUGACGAGGAACUCUGAUCUCACUCACAGAUGUAUUUUGUCAACAAUCAGUCGACACACAGCUGCUUCUACGUUAGCUACCUGAAACUGCUGCUGCAGCUGAACACAAGUCUGAUUGUAAAGUUAACAGUUUAGCUCAUGGAUAGUUGUUGUUGAACUACAAGCGCUUCCGCCCAUAUAGAUCAGCACUACUACUGUAAACCCACACAAAAACUGACCCAGAUUCACUGCUGACUGACAUAGCUACACUGCUAACUGACGUAGUUACAAUGCUAACUGACAGUUACACUGCUAACUGACAUAGUUACAAUGCUAACUGACAUAGCUACACUGCUAACUGACGUGGUUACAAUGCUAACUGACAGUUACACUGCUAACUGACAUAGUUACAAUGCUAACUGACAUAGCUACACUGCUAACUGACGUAGUUACAAUGCUAACUGACAUAGCUACACUGCUAACUGACGUAGUUACAAUACUAACUGACGUGGUUACAAUGCUAACUGACGUGGUUACAAUGCUAACUGACAGUUACACUGCUAACUUAUGUAGUUAGAACACUAACGGACAUAGGUACACUGCUAAGUGUUGUAAUUACACUGCAUAUUGCAGAAGUUUCACUACUGACACAAUUAGACUGCUAACGUACGUAGUUACUCUGCUAAGUGUUGUAACUUUUCUUAUUGACGUAGUGACACUACUGACACAAUUACACAGCUAACUGACAUAGUUACACUACUGACACAAUUACACAGCUAACUGACAUAGUUACACUGCUAAUCGACAUAGUUACACUGCUAACUGCAGCUGUUCAAGUCUUCAGUCUCUUUGAAAUACAAAAUCUGUUUUUAUCACACGAUGAACAAAUAAACAUAGGACAACAUUUUAUUGUUAAUAAGAUUCAGGGUUCAGUUAUAAAGCCUCCAGACAAUCAUGUUCACGUCUCGCCCAGAGAGAAUUAGUGUCAUCGUUCAGUCUGAUACCACCGUUAGCUCCAUGCUAAUGUUUUAUUUUGUCUCAUCUGACUUUUUGUUGGUGAUAAACUGUGAUUUAUUGUUCAGCUCAUUAAUUGUUAAUGAGCCGACAGUGUUCUUAGGUGGCAGUUACAGUUAUAAAGUGCCAAGUGAGAAGUUAACGCUAAUGCUAACAGAAGCUAACCUGCUUUGUUUUUGUAUUAUAAGAAGCCAAAUAAAAACAACAGGUUGACUCAAUAACUUUCUAAUAAGUCUGACGGUAAUAACUGUCAUGAAAAACUGUAGCUGUGUUAUAAAGUAAAGUAUUGUGAUGUGAACAGUCUUAGCUUCACACCUGAUGCUAACACUGGUCGCUAAUGUUUGUUUGUUUGUUUGUGAACCAGUGGUUCAUUUUGUCUUCUUGUCAUUCAAAUCUUAUUUUUUAUUUUAUUUUAUUGUAUUGUGGGUUUGUAAAAAUAUUCAGUAAAUUAAAGUGUUGGAUUUGAUUUUCCUGA